AUUGCCUGUUUUCAUAUCGUUGCAUUUUGUCCGCCGGUUCGCACGUGGAUUUUGUGUUCGCUUGGUAAAGUUUUCGAGAAAAUCGUUCCAGUCUGCCGAAAAAAAGUAUGGGCCGCAAUCAAUUUCAUCAGCGCUCCGGCAAACCAGACAAUCGGCACCGCGGCGGUGGAGGAGGACGAGGACGAGGAGGGCAGCAGUUCAAACAUCGUGGCCACCAAUCUGCGAGAGGCAGACCCGGCUUCGGGAAUGGACGACCGCAGAAAAGUCGCGAUCCGGUGGCCGUUUCCAAUGUAAAAGAGGACCAGGUUUUCAUUACGGAAUAUGUAACCGAUGGGAAAGGAUUCCAGGGUAUUCUGAAGUCGAGAUUCUCUGAUUUCCAAGUCAACGAAAUCGAUAGCGACGGAAAGGAGGCAGUUCUGUCGGAUCUUGGAUUACCAACUCCACCUGUUGUUGAAACAAAGUCGAACGAAGAGAACGAACAGGAACUGUCUCGACUAGUCUCUCCGGAAAUUGUCGAAAAAAUCCGGAAGGUUGCUGAAUUCAAAGGAAAAUGCAACGAUAUCGUUGAAGUGGACGUAACAGAAAUGUCCAAGGAGGACCGCGGGAAGAUUCACACCAGCGCCAAGGGCAUUUUCGGGAAGGCCAUCGUGGGAUCGACUGUUACGAGGGACGACAAAAAGUUCAUUACUUUUGCCGCUUUCAAUAAGUCCAAGCCGGGGGAUCGGAGAGAAAAAUGGCUAUGGCCACAUCCUUUUACCCAUUUUCUGCUCUAUAAGGAGAAUGAGGAUACGAUCCAGGCCACUUCCCAGCUGGCAGAGUUGUUGAAAUGUUCUCCUUCGGCAUUCGCCUAUGCCGGAACAAAGGACCGUCGUGCCAAAACGACUCAGUGGGUUAGCGUUAAACAGUUUAAUCCGAAUAAAAUCGUUGCGGCUGCUUCCAAGAUUCGGCAGCUCAUGGUGGGCAACUUUUGCUUCAAGCCAACGACACUUAAGCUGGGACAGUUGCGAGGAAACCGGUUCCGGAUAGCGUUACGUCAGGUUUCCGCCGAGGAAUCCAUCAUCCGGGAGUCGAUGGAAAGCUUUCAAGAGAAGGGAUUCAUCAAUUAUUUCGGGUUGCAAAGGUUCGGCAACAGCGCCACGGUUCCGACAUACAAAGUUGGAAUUGCCAUUCUGAAAGGAUGUUGGGAUGAGGCUUGCAGUUUGAUUUUGAAGCCUCGUGAUAAUGACCAUUGGUACAUGAAGGCCUGUCGGGAAGAGUUCCAAAAAUCUCGCGACCCAAGUAGCGCCUUAGAUAAGUUAAGCCCAAAGAACAAAAGCAUUGAAAAGCAGCUCUUGAUAUGGCUUGUUUCGAAUAAGAAUGAUUACAAAGGCGCCCUUCAGCGUAUUCCCCGAAACGUAAGGCUGUUGUAUUGCCACUCAUACCAGAGCCUGAUUUGGAACCGAGUUGCGAGUCGACGAUUGAAAGAAUUUGGCUAUCAACUAAUUCCCGGCGAUCUCGUUUACGUCGAUAAAACCGCUGAAGAUGAAAUGCCGAUAGAGGAUGCUCCAGUCGAACAGACAGAAAACGCCCCUGAAGAAUCAGAAGAACCAUCCGAAACUUCCGUCUUCAAAAAUCUGGUAAAACCCUUAACCGAAGCUGACAUUGCUUCGGGGCAGUACUCGAUUUUCGACGUGGUUCUUCCGCUACCUGGGCACGACAUUACGUAUCCGGCCAACGAUUGCGGCAAAUGGUACGAAGACUUGUUGGCCGAAGAUGGACUUUCCUCGGAAAAACUGAAGGGCAAAACCAAGAAGGAAUCGUUGGGUGGUGCUUAUCGGAAAAUGAUCAUUAAACCGGAAAAUCUUAAGUGGGAGUUGACCACCUACACAGAUCCGAUGGAAACGCUCAUCCAAUCAGACCUGGAGAAACUGAAGGGAGAGAAAAAGCGGGAAGCAAAGAAAGAUGGCAGCAACAAAGCACUCAUACUUGACUUCCAGUUGCCAAGCUCGGCCUACGCGACGAUGGCUCUUCGGGAGAUCCUCAAAGUGGACACAUCAGCUCUGCAUCAACGUACCUUGGAGCAAGCGCAAACGCCAGCCAAUGUUGUCCCGGAGGAACAAAAGUUCGAAAGUGACGUCAGCAGCAAAACCGAGGCUACACCAACAGCGAGUGCCGAUUCCACUCAGGAUGAAUCGAAAAAGGAACCUCUUGAAAGCACACCGGAAGAUAAGGUGUCUGCAGCGAAUGUCGAAGCUACUCAAGAUGAGGAGCCGGCAGUAAAGAAACCUAAAUUGGACUAGACAUAAUUGUCUAGCUAUGGUUUGACGGUGUAGAACCCCUUGGCGGGAAUGCGGGAUACUGAACCACUCUGUGGACAAGAAUGGUUUUGAGAUGGUUGAAUGUUUCACAACGUAAGUUUUGAAUAUUCACCGUUCUAUGCCAUGGUUCACAAUACUAUCGAGGAAUUACAUUAAUUUUCAUAAGAUUUUUGUAAAAACAGACGAACUGAAAUACACUAAGUGAAGCACUGAAUAUUA